CUUUUUACACGGUACUCGGAUUAUAUGUUUAGCGCUCUAUUUACAGUAUUUGUAAGUAAAAUAUAUACAUCUGUCCGGUGUGCUUUAGUCUCCGCGAAAGUAAUCAUGUUUACAAUCGACCUCUCUUGAGUACGACUGGCGCUUUGGAAAACAUUCAAGACUACACCCCACAGCAUCGACAGAUUGGCUAUUUUUAUACUGAAUGAUGUAAUCGGGAGGGAAUGGAUCUCUGUGAGAGUAAUAAUGACAAAAAAGCUCCAUCGAGCUCAGAACAGCUAGACAUGGUGGAUAUUAGUUAAAACCUGUUGUACCCAUAGAACAUGCUAAUCAAACUUUCUUGAUGUCUUCGAGCAAAAGUGUAGAACGCAAUUCGCUUGAAAUAAUAAAAUCGAACAGUAAGUGCAAUAACUCACAGUGAACGUUAUAUACAUGCUAGAAAACAAUUAUAUUCAGUUGAUAUCCGUAUGUCUGUGGAAUAAAAGUGUUAUGAGUUUUGGUAGCGGGUAGAGGAACCUUCACUUCCCAGCUGGUGGUUCGCCUUCAUAGAAUCUCACAGAAUAUUAAAAAAACACAUGUGUAUAUACAUAAAGAUACACCAUAUAACAAGUGUGUUUUGUUGGACAACAAAUUUUAGCUCAAAUAAUCACUGAUAAGUCGAAAACAUUAGUCGCAUCUCGCACAUUAGAAAAUGAGUGAAGAAAAUACUAAUUUGCGGGGAAGCCAAGACGUUGAGGAACUACCUACGGACAUCUUAGAUAUGGCUGCAGCAAGCAAGUUGUCAGAAAAGGAUACGGAGGAAAUUGACGUUAAAAGAUCGAAAGAUGACAAACUUUUCUCUAUUCUCUACACAAUAGCCAAAAAAGUAGCAAUCUUUGGGAGCAUAUAUCUAAUUGGGUAUAUGGGGUGGUCGGUGGCAUGGCUGAUUGGACCAAUUGUUUUUGCGGUUGUUCGGGAUCAGGCUAAAGCAAGUACAUCGAGAAGGCGUGACAUAGCAAAAGCAUGUGCAACGGCUAAUGAAAAAGAUGUUAUUAUAGCGAAAAUUGAUGAGUUGCCAGCUUGGGUAUAUUUUCCUGAUGUAGAGAGAUGUGAAUGGGUGAAUAAAAUUUUAAAACAAGUCUGGCCCAACGCAAAUCAUUUUGCUCGUCAGCUAGUUAAGAAGACCAUUGAACCAAAUAUAGCCCAGGCUUUGGCUAAAUAUAAGCUUAACGGUUUUAAAUUUGAUCGAAUUAUACUUGGAACAAUUCCACCUCGCAUUGGAGGAGUGAAAAUAUAUGACAAGAAUGUCUCAAGAAAUGAAAUUAUCAUGGAUCUAGAUUUAUUCUAUGCUAGCGAUUGUGAUGUCAAUUUCGCGCUGGCUGGCAUGAAAGGAGGAAUUAAAGAUUUUCAAAUUCACGGAACUGUUCGCGUUGUUAUGAAACCAUUAAUUCGUCAAAUGCCGUUGGUUGGAGGUCUCCAAAUUUUCUUCUUGAAUAAUCCAAGGGUGGAUUUUAAUCUAGUGGGGGUCAUCGAUUUACUGGAUAUGCCUGGACUGAGUGAUAUUUUGAAAAGAGUCGUCAUUGAGCAAAUUGGCAACAUAAUGGUAUUGCCAAAUAAACUACCAAUUACAUUAAAUGAUACAGUUUCUCCAAUCGAAGUUAAAAUGCCUGAACCGGAAGGAGUACUUCGAAUUCAUGUAGUCGAGGCUAAAGAUCUUAUGAAAAAAGAUAUUGGAGUUUUAGGCAAAGGAAAGUCGGAUCCGUAUACAAUUAUUACCGUUGGUUCACAGGAGUUCCGCACACAAACGAUUGAUAACACUGUCAAUCCAAAAUGGGAUUAUUGGUGCGAGGCAGAGGUGGACGAACCGCUUGGCCAGGUGAUCUAUUUUGAUCUUUGGGAUUGGGAUCCAGGAUUUGGCACGCGAAAUGAUGAAGCACUUGGAAGAGUUUCGAUUGAGAUAAGCAACGUGGUGAAACAAGGAAUACUAGACUCUUGGAUAGUUUUGGAGAAUGCUCGCCAUGGAAUGCUUCAUAUUCGCUUAAUAUGGAUGUCACUAAGUUCGGUUUAUGACGACCUGAAACUCGCCUUCCGUGAAUUGGAAAUAUUAGGCACCACAACACUGAACACCGCUAUUUUAUCAGUAUUCAUUGAUUCAGCAAAAAAUUUACCUAAAGCACGAAUGCAAUCUAAUCCAGAUCCAUAUGCUAUUCUUAGUGUUGGUACAAGGCAGGAGCAAACAGGGGUGCAAAUGCGCACGGAUUCGCCUAUUUGGGAGCAAGGGUUUUCCUUCCUGGUUCCUAAUCCAGAUAAUGCAACUUUACAGUUGCGAAUAGUUGAUCAGAAAACCGGACGAGAUUUGGGUCGACAUAUGUUCGUUUUGAAUACAUUACUUACCGCAAAAGAUAUGGUCUACGACUCGCAACCAUACCGAUUGCAACAAUCAGGAGCAGAUACUAAGGUUGUUAUGGCGCUCGCCCUAAGAAUUUUAAGACGAAGUGAACCAAAGGAAUUGGAUAUAGAUGAUUCUAUUCAAACUGGAUCUCAAUUAUUAAGACUUGAUUCAUCAAAAUCGAAAGAAACUUCAGAGGAAUUUGGAGAAACAACGUCGCUUGAGGGAGAAUCUGAGAUGGUCGUAGAAAACAUGGAGUUGAAAUCUACUAGUUCAGUAAACUCAUCAAAUCCAUUGAGUACUGCGCACAGUAAUCUUGUCCAUAGAGUGCCUAGUGAAACGAAUUCGGCUGGUGAAGCAGGGCUUGGUCGCAUUCUUUUGUCUAUACGCUACAAUAUCCAACGCCAGAAAUUGAAUGUUAUUGUUCAUAAAAUCAUGAAUAUUCCACUCAAAGAUCCAGCGAAUAUUCCUGACCCUUAUGUGAAACUCUAUUUGCUGCCAUCUCGAGCUAAAGAAACUAAACGGAAAACCGUUGUUAUCAAAGACAAUUGCAAUCCAAUUUAUGACGCAAAUUUCGAUUAUAUCAUUUCUUCUAGUGAACUAGAUAUGACUGAGCUUGAAGUCACAGUUGCCUCACAGAAAGGGUUCUUAUAUGGUGGAAGUCCUGUGAUAGGAAUGUUAGUGCUACCUCUUACGGAUCCAAACAUUUCAACUCAAGGCAUAUCUUCAUGGUACGACCUUCAACCAGAAACUAAAUAUGAUUAAAUUAAAUAACUUUGUAAUCCCUAUUGAUGAUUUUGUCUACAAAAUAGGGGAAAUUUUGAAAAAUCUCAAACAUGUUAAACGCUUUUUCGCAAAUUUCAUGUCACCAUUUUAUUCUCUGAGAAUUCAUAACUUGAUAUUUGUUUUAAUAAAAAUAUCUUUCCAAAG